GAACGACAAGGGGCCGCCGGUGCGAGGUAGGGGUCCUAAGAGGAAAUUGGCGGACAUGAAUGAGGUUUCUGCCACAUUGCCUCAUGGAGGACGUGCCCCACUCAUUCAGCUGCUCUGACUGUCAGCGCCACUUUCCUAGCCUUCUGGAAUUGUCAAGGCACCAAGAACUGCUCCAUCUGUCUUCCAACCAGGACCGUGAGGAAGCUGACAGCAUCCCUCGGCCCUACCGCUGUCAGCAGUGUGGGCGGGGCUACCGCCACCCAGGGAGCCUGGUCAACCACCGCCGGACCCACGAGACUGGGCUUUUCCCCUGUACCACCUGUGGCAAGGAUUUCACCAAUCCCAUGGCUCUCAAGAGCCACAUGAGGACUCAUGCUCCUGAGGGCCACCGCAGGCGCAGGCCCUCACGAUAUAAGGAAGCUACUCCAUGCCUCCAGGGCGAGACAGUGUCCACUGACUCCUGGAACCAGAGGCUUGGCCCUGGGGAAGACUGGGGAAAUCAAGCAAAACAUACCGAAGAGACACCUGACUGUGAGUCUGGAUCUGAUCCCAGGGCAGCUCCGGGUACUUGGGAAGAUUCACCUACCAGACAAAGAGAAGGCUGGGAAAGCCAGCCAGAUCCUGAGGCGGGUACAGAGGGCUGGGGCCCCACCACCAACUCCACCAGAGCCCCACCUCUCCCCACCCCAGCCAGCAGCCUCCUUAGUAAUUUGGAACAGUAUUUGGCUGAGUCAGUGGUGAAUUUCACAGGGGUCCAGGAGCCCACCCAGUCUCCGCCUGCAGAGGAGGAGAGGCGGUACAAGUGCAGCCAAUGUGGCAAAACCUAUAAGCAUGCUGGGAGCCUUACCAACCACCGCCAGAGCCACACUCUGGGCAUCUACCCUUGCGCUAUCUGCUUCAAGGAGUUCUCUAACCUCAUGGCCCUGAAAAACCAUUCUCGACUCCAUGCCCAGUAUCGGCCUUACCACUGUCCCCACUGCCCUCGUGCCUUCCGGCUUCCCCGGGAGCUGCUGGAACACCAGCAGUCCCAUGAGGGUGAAAGGCAGGAGCAGCAGUGGGAAGACAAAGGCAUGCCCACCACCAAUGGGCACAUAGAUGAGAGCAGCCGGGACCAGAUCCUUAGUACACAGAUGCUGAAUGGCUCCAGGGAGCUCAGCACCUCUGGGGAGCUGGAGGACAAUAGCCUGGAAGAAUACCGGCCUUUCCGCUGUGGUGACUGUGGCCGUACUUACCGCCAUGCUGGGAGCCUCAUCAACCAUCGAAAGAGCCACCAAACUGGGGUCUAUCCCUGCUCAAUCUGUUCUAAGCAACUGUUCAAUGCAGCUGCCCUCAAAAACCAUGUGCGGGCUCAUCACAGGCCCCGCCAAGGAGUUGGGGAAGAUAGGCAGCUAUCCGUGCCACCAGCUUCCCUGCUGCUGUCCGAGACCACCCACAAAGAGAAAGAGGUCCCCACCACCACCCUGGACCAUCGGCCCUAUAAGUGCAAUGAAUGUGGUCGAGCUUACCGUCACCGGGGGAGCCUGGUGAACCAUCGCCACAGCCAUCGGACAGGAGAGUACCAGUGCUCCCUCUGUCCCCGCAAGUACCCUAACCUUAUGGCCCUGCGCAACCAUGUGCGUGUACAUUGCAAGGCUGCUCGUCGAAGUGCAGACCCUAGCCAUCUCAAGGUGGAACUUCCACCUGACCCAGUGGAAGCAGAGGCAGCCCCACACACAGAUCAGGGACGUGCAUGCAAACAUGAAGAGGAGGCCACUGAUAUCUCCCCAGCAGCAGAUAGGACAGCACCACAGAUCUGUAGCAUCUGUGGAAUGCUCUUUGAGGACCCUGAGAGCCUCAAACAUCAUGGCCUGACCCACAGAGCAAAGGAAGGGGAAAAUAGCAGGAAAGAGACCGAAGUGUCACCUCCUCGGGCCUUUGCCUGCCGAGACUGUGGAAAGAGCUAUCGCCACUCUGGCAGCCUUAUUAACCACAGGCAGACCCACCAGACGGGAGACUUCAGUUGUGGGGCUUGUGCCAAGCACUUCCACACUAUGGCUGCCAUGAAGAACCAUUUGCGACGCCACAGUCGGCGGCGAAGCAGACGGCAUCGGAAACGAGCUGAGAGUGCCAGGGGUGGGGGAGAAGCCAAACUCCCAUCGGAGGGGAACUGGGUUCAGGAAUUAGAAGACAAUGAGGGCCUGGAUUCUUCUCAGAAUCCUUCAAGGGAGAGUUCUCGUGGGGCUGAAGGCAACUUGGAGAGUGAUAGGAACUAUUUGCAGGCUGAAUCUCAAGGGGUCAAAUGUGGGCUUGAGAGUGAUGAGGCGUAUUUCCAGGAUGACAAAGAGAACAGAAGCACUGAGGAAGAACUGGAAAGGAAGGAGGUCUGUUUCCUAGACAACUUGAACAUCCCAGGUGAUGAAGGAGACAAUGGAACUCACUUUUGCGAUGGCCUCACUGGGGUGGACAAAGACCAGAAACCAACCACUGGCCAGCCCAACUCCUCUUCCCACUCUGCCAAAGCUGUCACUAGCAGGCAGGCUGAGGUCACUCACACAUGUUCUGACUGCGGGCAUUCUUUCCCCCAUGCAACUGGUCUGCUGAGCCACAAGCCAUGCCACCCACCAGGCAUUUAUCAGUGCUCCCUCUGCCCAAAGGAGUUUGACUCUCUGCCUGCCCUUCGCAGCCACUUCCAGAACCACGGACCUGGGGAGGCAGCCUCAGCACAGCCUUUCCUCUGCUGCCUCUGUGGUAUGAUCUUCCCCGGCCGAGCUGGCUACAGGCUUCACCGGCGCCAGGCUCACAAUUCCUCUGGCAUAACUGAGGGCUCAGAGGAGGAGGGGGAAGAGGAAGGAGCUACAGAGGCGGCCUCUAUCCACAGCCCACCCCUGCAGCUCUCGGAAGCAGAGCUGCUAAAUCAACUGCAGCGGGAGGUGGAGGCACUGGAUGGAGCAGGUUACGGGCACAUCUGUGGCUGCUGUGGUCAGACCUAUGAUGACCUGGGGAGCCUGGAGCGUCACCACCAAAGUCAGAGUUCUGGGACUCCCACAGACAGGGCUCCCAGCCCCUUGGGGGCAUCAAGUGAUGCCACAGAGAUGGUCACAGAUGGUGUUUCAGAGGGCAUAGUGACCUCUGUCUCUGGAGAGGGUAGAGACACAAAGACCGAAGAGGGAGCAGGCACUACAGUGGCAGACAGCUUCUGUAUGCAGGGUGGUGAAAGUUUGCUAGAGGCUCAGCCCCGCCCCUUCCGCUGCAACCAGUGUGGCAAGACCUAUCGCCAUGGGGGCAGCCUGGUGAACCACCGCAAGAUCCACCAGACUGGAGACUUCAUCUGCGCUGUCUGCUCCCGCUGCUACCCCAACCUAGCUGCCUACCGUAAUCAUCUGCGGAACCACCCUCGUUGCAAAGGGUCUGAGCCCCAAAUAGGGCCCAUCACAGAGGCAAGAGGCAGCAGUGAGCCCCAGGACAUGGCAGAGAAGGGGCCAGAACAGGCAGAAGUGGAGAAGCUGCAGGAAGAACUUAAAGUGGAGCCCCUGGAGGAGGUGGCAGGGGUGAAGGAAGAGGUGUGGGAGGAAACCACCGUGAAGGGAGAGGACUUAGAGCCAAGGCUGGAGACUGCAGAGAAGGGCUGCCAGACCGAGGCCAGCUCUGAGCGGCCUUUCAGUUGUGAGGUAUGCGGCCGCUCCUACAAGCACGCUGGCAGCCUCAUCAACCACCGGCAGAGCCACCAGACUGGCCACUUCGGCUGCCAGGCCUGCUCCAAGGGCUUCUCAAACCUCAUGUCGCUCAAGAAUCACCGGCGCAUCCAUGCAGAUCCCCGACGUUUCCGCUGCAGUGAAUGUGGGAAGGCCUUCCGCCUGCGGAAGCAGUUGGCUAGCCACCAGCGGGUCCACGUUGAGCGGCGUUCAACUGGAGGUACCCGAAAGCUGACUCGGGAAGAUCGGCCCUUCCGGUGUGGACAGUGUGGGAGGACCUACCGCCAUGCGGGCAGCCUCCUGAACCACCGACGCAGCCAUGAGACAGGCCAGUACAGCUGCCCCACCUGCCCUAAGACCUAUUCCAACCGCAUGGCUCUGAAGGACCAUCAGAGGCUGCACUCUGAGAGUCGGCGGCGGCGUGCUGGACGGUCCCGGCGGUUAGCUGUGCGCUGUGCCCUCUGUGGCCGUGGCUUCCCUGGCCGGGGAUCUUUGGAGCGGCACCUGCGGGAGCACGAGGAGGAGUCAGAAAGGGAGCUGGCUGAUGGCCAGGGAGGCCCAAAUGGCACAGAGGGCAGUGAGGGGAACUUGGCUGAUGACCAGGGGCUAGAGGGCCGAUCAGGUGGUGUUGAGUCAGUACCCCAGCUGGAGGACGGAGCCAUGAGGCUAGGGGAGCACAGUCAGAGCCUUGUUAGGGCAGCAGGUUUGGAAGCCACAGAGCCACUGUCCUGGAGCAUGGGAAAGACAGAUGGGUGGCAAGGAAAUGGGGCACUGGUGAACCACAAUGGAGGUUGGGUUCCUCAGGGUCAAGUACAGACUAAGCCAGAUGAGUCAGACAGUGUCCCUAGGAGUCCUUGUCACUUUGGUGUCAGCCAGUCCAAUGGACCUAGUCUGAGUCACAUGGAUUGCUGGGACAAUGGGGGCAACAGCGCUCAGCUCCAGUCAGAGAGUCACUCCUCUUCCUGCAGUCAGUGUGGCAAGACUUACUGCCCAUCGGAUGGCCUCUUAAACCAACAUAACACCCACAAGACAGACCGACACUAUUGCCUGCUUUGCUCCAAGGAGUUCUUGAAUCCUGUGGCCACUAAGAGCCACAGCCACAACCACAUAGAUGCCCAGACCUUUGCCUGCCCUGAUUGUGGCAAGGCCUUUCAGUCCCACUACGAACUAGCCAGCCACCUGCAGACUCAUGCCAGGAGCCACAGUCAGGUGCCAGCACAGAUAGAGGCGGCCAGAGGUCCCAAAGCUGGGACUGUGGAGGAUGAAGUGGCUCUCCUUGGUCAAGGGAGAGCCCAGGAGGCCCCAUCAGAAGCCCCCAGAGCCUUAGGAGAGAAUGCUGAGAGAGCUAGUGGAGGGCAAGGAGUAAAGUCCAUGGUGGCUGAAGACAAGGAGCGGCCCUUCCGCUGUGCCCAGUGUGGGCGUUCCUACCGCCAUGCUGGCAGCCUGCUGAACCACCAGAAAGCCCACACCACUGGACUGUAUCCUUGUUCCCUCUGCCCCAAACUUCUGCCCAACCUGCUGUCUCUUAAGAACCAUGGCAGGACCCACACGGACCCCAAGCGCCACCGCUGCAGCAUCUGUGGCAAGGCCUUCAGGACAGCUGCCCGGUUGGAGGGCCACGGGCGGGUCCAUGCACCCCGGGAAGGGCCUUUCACCUGUCCUCAUUGUCCCCGCCGCUUCCGCCGCCGAAUCAGCUUCCUGCAGCAUCAGCAGCAGCACCAGGAGGAAUGGACAGUGGCCAGCUCUGGAGCCCCAGUGACACCAGCAGCAGGCAGAGGGGACUUGUCAUUGCCCCCUCCACCGACCCCCACAACCCCGCUCUCGGACCCUUCACCCCAGUGGCCUGCAGACCUCAGCUUCUCUCUCUGAACUUCAAGUCUCCAAAGAUCAGGAUAUUGGGGAGUGGGGGUGUGGGCAGGGAGGGGCCUGAUCUCCAUGUUUUGCUCAGGAGUAGUUUGGGCAUCCCCAUCUUUCUCCUCUCCCCCUGUGAAGAGGACCCAGAUCUGGCUUCUUUACUAAGAAGGGUUGGGGUGUUCUCAUGUCCCUGUCCUUGAAGGACCUCCUUCCCCCAGCUUUUGUCACCAUGCUCUUCCUAGUGCCACCCUCCACCAAGAUGACUGGCUACCCUCACCAGCCAGAUUCCAGCAACAGGAAGAGGCAGAUAGCACCAUGGGUGGGAAUGUUGCCUACGGAAGGGGAGCUUUUUGCUACAAUUUGUAACUUAUUUUCUAAAGUCUAUUUUAUAACAAUUUAUUUAAGUUUUAAAAAAAGGAAAAUUGCUCCCCCCCAAAAAAAGAAAUUCUCAAAA